CGAUGAAUCAAAUAAAUCCUCUGCUCCCUGAAAAGGUUAUCGUUGAAGUUGAAUUCUUAUUCUUUUGAUCCUUCUUUGUUUCAUGAUAUUGUGAUCUUUGUAGUGGGUCGAAAAAUCCAAAUAAAAGUUUUAAGAAGAAGAAGAAGAAGUAAACUGACGGAGAGCUCUGUUUACAGUUAUCAUUGUAGUGUAACAGGUUAUCGUUUUCCAAACAAUCUUUUGUAGAAGACGUUUAAGGAAUUAACAAAUUAUGUCACGAAAAAAACACAAUGUAUCGUAUAUCAAACCGAACGAACCAAAAUUUCUACGAGAGCUGAAGGAACAAAUCGGAUAUAAAGAAGGUCCUACUGUUGAUACGAAAAGAGAAGUUUUACCAAAAGUAUCCGAUGAUGAAAGGGAAGAGUUGGCUGAUGAGCAACCUGUUGUUGUUGUAUUAAAUUCUGGUGAUUUGACAGCGGAAGAAGCAGAUGCUUUUAAUAAACAGAAAGAAAAAGAAGAAAAUAAUGCCCCAGCUGAUUUAUCUAAGAAGAUCAUAUUUCGCAAGACUAAAGCAGCAGAAACAGAUUCUGAUACAAUUGCCACAAAUAAACCUGUAAAAAAGAAAGCGAAAAGAGAAAAGCAAAAAAUUGUUCUGUCCUUUGACAAUGAUGACAAUGAUGAAGAACGAUGAUGGAUGGCGUUGAAUGUGAAUUUUUAAUAUU